AUGCCGCCUAACUCAGAACCACCCGGCAAUCCUCGCCUCUUUUCGACACCGCCUGAUCCUCCACCUCGAUCGUCGAUUCCUCUACUUGCCCCUGUGGAGACCGAUAACGCGCACGAUGACAACGUGAACUUCCUACGAUCGCGCCCAGCUCUCUUCAAUCCGUUAUUACCCUCACUGAGUCGACAGCGCCGUCGACGAUAUCCAGCCAACCCGCUGCCAGAAGACGAGGAUCGCAUGGAGGUGGACGAUCCCACCAAUCUGCGCACAUCCACCGAGCUCAAUCAUCGCAUCCCUAUAAUCCGCCGAAACGAAGAAGGACCAACCAAUAUGCCGAAUUACGAGGGCCGAGUACCCAACUCCCGAUCGUUGUAUGGCUGGGCACCUGGGUCCGAUGACGAGGAUGGCGUUGCGAGGGUGGAAGAAUCCGAAGACGACCAAGUGCAGCCGUUCCUCCAUAUCGUUUCAACCCGCAGCACAGUCCCCGCACGACCUCCGCGAAACUCGCCUCCAGGCCCCGCGCAACUCAUCCCCCACGAGUAUGAGACGUUGACCGCCAGCAACCGCGCGCGGACGCCGAUCUCCGCUAUGGCUGCCUUGUUACAACAUGCCAGACGUCAACCUCGAACUGCAAGGACUACUCGCACACCGCUGGAGAGUUACAUCGUGGAUCGAUAUACGGACCUGGCGCAAGAAGAUAAUAAUGAUCAUGCGGUGGCGUCUACAUCUCGCGCAUACCGCUAUCGUCCCUCCAAUCGGGCUGACACCCCACAAAAUCCCACCCACAACGACCUUCGCGCUCGCGCUGCUGCCCAUCGCCAGUUACAGUCCGAUAAUUAUCCAAGUAACGUUUUGAAGGAAACAAUAAACUAUCUGGAUCGUCUUCGAUACUCGAACUCCUUUGAAGAGAGCAUGCAUGCUGCGGCAGACAGUCGGUUACCGAUCAUGAUGGACAACAAAUCUUGGCGAGAUACAGAUUUUAUCCUUUAUACCCCGAACAUUGCACCUCCAGCAGCGUGCUCCUGGCUCCGAUCUGGAAUGACCUUUUCGGGCUGUCAACGAGCCGCAAGUGCCGGAUCUUCCGUGUUGUCGCAGCGUGUCCCCAGUCCGCACGCACCCGGCGAACCCGUUAUUGUGAAUGGAAGUGAUAGCAGCGGUCGAGUAAGCGUGUCCACCACGAGUGGCCGCCGGUACGUGGCCAACAACCGCGAUGAGAACUGGCCCGUCAAAGUCACAAUACACCACAUCAAUCACGAGGAAAUGACUCUGUCGGGAACAAUGGAGGCCUACAACAUUCCUGACAAAACCUCACCCACCCACGAUGCACACAUCGUGACUUUUUUGGAAGGUGAAAUCAUCGACUUCAACAAGCACACGCUGGAAACCAAAAAUUUCAAAGCAGACGCAGAUAUCGAUAGCACAUACUGGCGAGAACUGCAGCCAUUCAAGGAUCUGUCAGAUACCGAGAUGGCUCGAAACCUCGUGAGCCGGAAAUGGGUCACGGAGGAAUUAUCCAAGGGCUGGAUUCUGAUGAGAUGGAAGGAACGAUGCUUCAUCACCCCCACCGAUGCCCGUCAAGGCUUGACCAUCUCCGGAUUCUACUACAUCUCUCUCCGGCGCGAGGACGGACACAUCGAAGGCCUGUACUACGACCCAGGAAGUUCACCCUACCAACAACUAUCUCUCAAGCCAGAGAUUACAAAAAUGGUCCGCCCAUCGUACGAGUUCCGCUAA